UCCUGUCAGAGGACAUGAAGACAGGAACAGCAGUUACAGCAGUAACAGAGAGACGCUGAGAGCUGUGCUGAGGACAUGAGAGGAUACAGAGGCAUCAAGUACACGCUCUUCAUCUGCUGCUACGUCCUCUGGGUCGUCAGCUUCAUCCUCAUUGCUGUAGGAAUCUACGCUAAAAUGGCCAAAGAGAAAGAUGUGGUGGACACACUUACCUUUGACCCCGCUCUGCUGCUGAUCGCCGUCGGCUCGGCGAUGUUCCUCAUCACGUUCCUCGGAUGUUUCGGAGCUCUGCGUAACACCACCUGUCUGCUGAAGAUGUUCCUCGGGAUCCUGGUGCUGAUCCUGCUGCUGCAGAUCGCCGCUGGAGUGGUUGCAUACGUCUUCACCGACAUGGUGAUGGAGAGGACGGAGCAGCUGAUGAUGAAGGCCAUUGUUCAGUACAGAGAAGACCGGGACCUGCAGAACGCCAUUGACUUCAUCCAGAAGAAGUUUCAGUGCUGUGGCGUCCAGACCUACAAAGACUGGUCUCAUAAUGUCUACUUUGACUGUUCAGAGGAUAAUCCCAGCCUGGAGAUGUGCGGCGUCCCCUUCUCCUGCUGUGUCCAACUGCAGAACCAGACAGUGUUAAACACCAUGUGUGGUUAUGGGAUGCAGCAGCAGGACCAGAGUUUGGCCGCUCUCGACGUCUUCACCGUCGGCUGUUUGGAGAGAAUCGUGUCCUGGGCCAAAAAUAACCUGCUGCUGGUGGCAGGACUGACCGCAGGUCUGCUGCUGCUGGAGGUGUGUAUGAUCGCUCUUGCUGCUGCUCAGAUUUCCUGGAUAAAGAAAGUCAGAGGACGAGAGAAGGACAACGUAGACAGACCACAGUGGGACAGGAAAGACAGUCUCUGGUAUCCUGCGUUUGCAAACUUUGACGAAGACGAGUGAAACGUUAUGAGGACACAUGAUGUGACGAACUGUGGGACAUGAAAACUACCUCAUCAUGACUGAAGGUCACUGAAAGACCUUUUUAAAAUGUUUUAUUUUAGAAAAACAGUAAUUAUAAUAAUAAUGACACUUCAUAGAAUAAUCCCUCACUCUGUCUCAGAUGAACUUCAUAUUAUAAUGAUGCACGUAACAUCACACACACAGGAGUUGUUGAUCCACUGCUGACUCCAUCACUACGUUCAAAUGUCUUAUUUUGUCACUUCACUGUUUGAAAUUCAACGUUCAGAUUGACCUCAGUGAUACACAGUGACCACACGAGGCAGCAGAGGACCAACAGCUCCUGUGUCCCUGCAGCUAAAAUCACUGAUUUUCUCUAUGAGGUUUGGUGUGAGAGAGUGAGCGGCAACGACUGAAUUUAAAUACCUGACUGUUUUCAGAACAGUUUAUUUUUACCCUACGCUCAUUAAUCCAGUAACAUGAGCGUGAGGCUGCACGAGACUCAAUCCCUGCGACGACACGCAGCCACAGGUGCCUGAGCUGAUAAUCCUCCAGAUUAAAGUCACAAUGAAGACACGAGGACUGAGGGACGACAGUGAGGGUCUGCUGUCUUCACUGAAGACACUGACAGGACUGUCCACCAGGGGUCAGAAACAUGUCUCUGAACCAUGUGGAAAAAUCUCAGAGCACACACACACACACACACACACACACACACACACACACACUCA